AUGACCCCAUUGAAGGGAUGUAAACUCUUCUGGCCUAUGCUUAGCUAUCAUAUUGAUGAUCGUCAUGAUAAGGAUCUCAUACAAGUACAGAACCCAAAAGACAAUGAUAUCUUUGAAGUAAGCGAUGAAAAUGUUCUUUAUUCUGAGGGAUUAAAUGCAAAGUUUCUCAAAUUUACUGGAGAGAGAAGACGGUAUGUUGAAACAGAUGUUAAACCCGGCAAGGAAUAUGAUAAAAAAUUUGCCAUUAGUAUGAUUUUUAAAUCGUCUUUAAGUAAUGGAACACUCUUCCACUACAAAGCAAAUUCUAAUUCGACAGAAAUAAAAGAAGUAAUAAUUCUUCUGGAAAAUGGAGUGAUCAAAUCAUGGAUAGUGUGCUCUUCCCCAAUUAAAUGUUCGACCGUGGAAAAAAAUGAAAAUCUUUCUGAUUCAUGGAGAAGUUAUCUGGUUGAAUAUAAGUUUGAUGGAAAGAUUGAACUAGAUGGAAAUGCUCGUAUUGGAGGUUCAUUUGACAAUCCUAUUGGGGAAUUUGUUGGUGUUUUUCAAUGUGUAUCUAUGGUGCAUGAUGCACAUAAAGAAGCAAAGGAACGGAAUAAAAAAUGCGACUAUAAAGAGAUUGAAGAAAAGUUAUCUAAAGGAGAAAAACACAGUAGACCUUUGACUGAAGUAUCAGUGACAUCAAUUUGGCCACUCAACAACCGUUCAUGUGGUUAUGAAGCAACAAAAGUUGUUAAACCCGACAGCACCCCUGGUUCAUGCAGUAGCUGGAUUUCCCUAUCAACUUCAAUGGUUGGUUUGGAGGAGCCAUCAGUGGCAACUUUAAAAUCCACAGAUUACAUCAACACUACAAUUAGUGAUAAUUGGUCGUUUGAUCGAUUUAGUAUUGCAAUCUUUGUUCAAGUAUCAAAAGUAACUGGUAAGCCUGAUAAACCAAUUAUAUAUGUUCGUUUUCCUUAUGGAAAUUUUGAAAGUCUAACAGUUAAAAUUGAUAAGAACAACAAUAUAUUAGUACUUUUGUCAACUGGAGAGACAAUUUCUCAAAAUAUUGGUGACAUUGCAACUUGGCACUUCAUUGCUGUCCAAUAUAAUCAUGACUGGGAGGAACUAUCUCUAAUUAUUGAUGAUAGGUUUUAUAAAACAGAUUUUUCUAUAAAUAAUUCAACUUCCUUAACCUCAUCUGGUGUUAAACUAGACAUUGGUGGUUUCGAAGGAAACAUUACUUGUGUGACCAUAUUUAAUACACCAUUGAGUGAAAACACAGCAUCUGAUCUGUUAAAACAAGAAUGUAAUAAGAAAAGGAGCUUCACUGCACCUGCUGAAGAUGCUCCGGAGCCUGUGGAAUUGUGGCCACUCAGUAAAAUGACUAUGGGUUUCGAAAUGAUCUCGCAACAACAACUGUCCACUACUCCGAAAAAAUUAUGCUGGCGAUUCAACCAUAAUGAACCUACAGAUUUAAUAGAUUCUGAAGCUGUACAGUUUUAUGGAGCUGAUCAAUUUUCUUUACAAAUCGACUCAAUCAUUAGAUCUGAUAUAUUUGUUGUUGGUGUGUUUGUUGAGACCCAUGAAACUUCAGGAACUAUUCUGAAAAUAAAUGUUGGCUCUGAAAGUGUUGAAUUAUCUACAAAACUUGGUAAUGUAAGUCUGAAAGUAAAUAAUGACACUUGUUUGGAGAUUCCUUGGUCAUAUAACGAUAAAUGGACAUCAGUCGUCUUAGAAUUUAGUGCAAAUGAACUAAAACUAAACGUUGAGGACACUGGUAUACAACAUAGUUGUAGUGUAAAUACAAUUACAAAACCAGCUGCACUGGCACUGGUGCUCGGUGGAAUCCCAGACAGCUUCAUAGGCGAAAUGAGAUGUCUGGAAAUAUUUAAUUCAAGUAUCAUUGUAACAGGUUCAGCAAGAUCAGUUUUGAAAUUGGAAUGUUCUAAAAGCAAAGAUUUUACGCCAGGUCUUGAUCCAGUACCGUCUGUAACAGCGUUAAAUGUAUGGAGAAUGGAUAACGAAACAAUAUUAACAAAUAAACAGAUACAUGGCAUGGAAUUGCUCAAUUCCAACCAAUCACUCUAUUUUGAUGGAUCUAGUAGAUUACAUCUACUGAUAAACGUGUCUAUUCCGACUGAUGAAAUGAGUCUUGGAUUCUUUUUUAGACCAAUGGAAUACAGCAAAGGGGUGAUAUUACAGGACACAUCUUCAGAUUUCCACAUUUCAAUUGAUGAUCACAAGUUGGUUAUAAAUACUAAAUCAUCUUGUGGUGCGGUCACCUUUACUGGUGUUACAGGUGGUGAUUGGCAUUGGUUGAUGAUUAAUAGAAUCAUCAGUUGUAAAUCUUUGAUAUUUGUUCUAGACGGCGAAGUGAAAUAUGCUCAUUCUAGCUGUUUUGAGACAUCAGGAUUGAUGGAAGUACGUCUCGGUGGUGAAGAAAGGUCCUUUAAAAAUUUUAGAGGUGAUCUAAGUUGUCUGGCCUUGUUUAAUACUGCUGUAGACUGGGAAAUUGGUAACGAGUCUAUGAUACAGUCGUGUAAUAUUAACCAACAGGAUGGACGUAAGUAUGGUGUAUUUAUUAUAGUUUAUAGAUGUUGA